AUGCGAGCUUUUCUUAUUGUGGUUGCUAUAACCAUUUUGGCUGAACAUGGAUACACCCAAAUCUUGCCUGAACCAGGUGUCUGUGGUAUUUCAGUAAUUGCCCCAACAUCUACAGCACGUAUUGUUAAUGGUGAAACAGCUAUUCGACAUUCUCGACCUUAUCAACUUUUAUUAGUUGGCUUCACUCCAGAAGGAACAGCAAAAUCUUAUUGUGGUGCCAGUCUUAUUAAGCCAACACAUGUACUUACAGCAGCUCAUUGUGUUGCUGGUUAUGAUGCAAAAGAUCUUCGUGUCUUUCCCGGUCUUCAUGAAUUUGAUACUUCACAUGUUCUGAAUGUACAAAAUGGUAUUCCAGCACAAAAAUAUUUUUCUCAUGAAAGUUAUAAUGCUAAUAGUCUAUCAAAUGAUGUUGCUGUCAUUCGUUUAUCAAUACCAGUUCAAGUUGAUAAUCAUAGGAUUGGUCUUGCCUGUCUACCUGAUGACAAAUCUGAAGCAUGUGGAGUUGGUCAUCCUGUUGUUGCUAGUGGUUGGGGUUCAACAACAGGUAAUCCAAAUCGAACAAGUGCUAGUCGACCAACUGAACUGCAACAAGUUGCUCUUCAAUGUGUUGAUGCUAAAAGUACAGAUUGUAAAAAAUUAACCCACAUUCUUUCCAUCAUUCAAGACAAAUCUAAAAUGUGUGCUUAUGGUGAAUGGAAAUCAGUUUGCUUCGGUGAUAGUGGUGGUCCGCUUGUACGAGAAAAACGUCUUUCUGAUGGAACAAGAUAUGUUGAACAAGUAGGCAUUAUGUCUGGCACAAUCGAUUGUUCAUUCACAAAACCACAUCCGGAUCUUUAUGCUGAUGUUCGUUAUCUUAUGCCAUGGAUUCGUAGCAAGAUUCAAGCAUCACCAUAG